AUGGCCACUCUUCGCUCCGUGUUCAUCCUCGCAUUGGUCCCCGCACUCUACGCCGCGGCUGCGCCAAAGCAGCGGGGCGACGUCACUGCUGGGGGAAGCGCAGCCGUGGACGCGGCGAGUUGGGGCCGCAAGCUGCUGGAAGCGAGCGGCGGUGCGGACGUGCACGUGGGUGGCGAGGAGGAGGAGGUGCGGGAGGUGACGGACGGGCUGGACGAGGCGGUGCGGGUGCUGCUUGCUUCAGAUGUGUGGGAGCGGAUGAAGAAGCAGAACCCGAACUUAGGCGUCUUGAAGAUGGUUGAGAAGAGGAACCUGAACUUAGGCAACUUGAAGAAGUAUGUGCCAGAUAAGCCGGUCUGGAAGUUUGAGCAGCCGCUCAAGGCUUCGGGCGACGGGCUGGACGAGGCGGUGAGGGUGCUGCUGAGCUGGCAGAAGAUCAAGCAGAUGAACUCGCACGAUUGCCUCAAAUUCGACUCAAAACCCCUGCCAGUGAUGAUCGGGUUCCUGCAGGGCAGCCUGGUGAGAAAUCCCCCCUCACCCGUUUGCACCACUCUCCCCAUUCUUCCCCUUUCCCAGCCCCCCCCAACAGCUCCUGCCAGUGAUGGUCGGAUUUCUGCAAUGCAACCCUUGAUGGUGGGGUUCCUGCAGGGCAACCCGGUGAGCCACUGGAGCGGGGGAGUCAACCUGUGGAAGCCUCCUGCUGUGAAACCAGGGGACAUUCUUGUUCACGGAGACUCACGACGAGCAGCCUUCACGCUCCUUUCUUGCCUCCCCCCCUGA